CAAUUACAUUUCGAAUUGAGGUUAUGUUUCUAUUAAUAUUAAUUAAGAAUAAAACCGUGCUUAUGAAAUGGAUUUAGAAUUAGAAAACGAUUUUUUUAAUGAACUCGGUUGUUUACCAGCUGAACCACCAGAAAUGCGAGAUCUAUGCGAAAAAUGCGAAAGACCCACAAGAGUAUGUUGGUGUUCAGCCCUCCCAGAUCCCCCGUUAAACCCCAAUUCAAGAGUGAUCAUCCUACAACACCCCGCAGAAGAAAAACGUUGCCUUAGAACGGCCCCAAUGCUCAAAUUAGGUUUAGCAAAAGAGAAGUGCCUAAUUUUUAAAGGGAAGCGUUUCCCUACAACGAAUGAAGAUUUAAAGAGUAUAUUAGAACAUGCAAACACACUUCUUUUAUAUCCCAGCCCCCAAGCUAUUGAUAUAACUAAAAUAAAUUUAAAGGAAAACGUUUUAAACCCAUUUAAUAUUAUAGUUAUUGAUGGAACUUGGCCACAGGCUAAAGCUAUUUAUGCGAGUAAUCCAAAAUUGCACACCUUGAAACAGAUUAAAUUAAUUUCAAACACUGUAAGUGAUUAUACAAUUCGAACACAACCCACAGAUGGUUGUUUAAGCACUUUGGAAACUGUAGCUAAAGCUUUAACUUAUUUGGAAGAUGAUGAAAGUUAUAGAGAUGUUCUUGUGAGACCGUUAAAGUUACUUUGCGAGUUUCAAUUAGAAAAUGGAGCUGUAUCUCAUCAAAGUAAAGAGUAUAGGAUUAAAAAUAAUUUAUACCCAAAAUUAAUUGGAAAAAGAUUAAAUAAAAUGUUAAAAUCCGUUGAUCAAAUUAAUUUAAAAAAAUCAGAUUAA